UUGCUGUUUAAUGUGUCAACAAGGAAGUGAAUCUAGUGAUAACCUAGAAUGACUGUGGACUUGUACUUUGGUUUCAUUUUUAUUUCUCAACAACAACGGGUAGCGCUAUGCCAAAGGAAGACUUUUAGCUGAUCACAAAUAGAGACUUGACUAUUUGGAUCAUUUGGAUGUGGAUGUACAUUUUGGAUGGAGUAAAAUGUCCCAGAAUGCAGCAGGAGAAGCAAAGAAGAGUGAUCAGAUUUUGAGGGUGAAGAUGGUUCUUUUGGGGGGGUCUGGAGUGGGGAAGUCCAGUCUGGCCACGCGUUUCGUCAAAGGAGAGUUUAAGGACAGUGAACCCACCGUAGGCUGUGCGUAUCAGACCCAUGUGGUGAGAGUGAACGGUGCCAAUCUGCGCUUUGAGAUCUGGGACACAGCGGGUCAAGAGAAGUACCACAGCGUCACCCCUUUGUACUACAGAGGGGCACAUGCAGCUCUGGUGGUCUACGACAUCAGCAAGAGGGACAGCUUCUUGCGUGCCCAGUUUUGGCUGAAGGAGCUGGAGAGACAGUACAUCCCCGGCUCCACUGUGGUCUGGCUCGUGGGUAACAAAGCAGAUCUGGCCCACAGCAGACAAGUCUCAGUUCAGGAGGCCCAGAAUCUGGCUGAAGACAGAGGUUUGGGCUUCAUGGAAACAUCUGCUCUGUCAGGGGACCAUGUCAACCAACUGUUGAUAACUGUGGCCUACCGCGUCCAUGAACUGACCUGGGACCAGCGCAGUCUGUCUGAGUGGGAGGAGUUUCACACUGUGGACCUCCAUAACAGAGGCUUCUUCAGCUUUUUACCCAACUGCUGUAACACUGGACCAUAAAUAUAUUUAGCCCUUAAGGACUUCACAUUCAUUUAGUUUAUUUUGUAAUGACAUGUUUUUUUUUUCUAAUUACAAAGCAAAGCAAUGCAAAAUGUAGUGUUUUUAUGUCCCCGUACUUGUUGUGCACUUGGUUCUUCUUUGUGUUGUUGUAAUGUGCUCUCCAUACAAACUUUGACUGAUUGCUAUAAGAUGAAAAGUGCAAUUUUCACAAUAUUAUUUCAGGUUUUUCAACAUUUGAUUCUGUCCAUGAUCUGAGAUUUGUGAAUGGAUUAUUUUAAUAUGGAUACUCUUAUCUGUAACUACAUUCACAAAUACAAAUAUAUACGUAUAGUGCAUUGGAUUUAUAUUCACUCAGUUUGGGGAUGUAAACUUUUAUAGCCACCAUUGCCCUGGGGUAGACAGACAGAAACAAGGCUGCCAGUCUGCACCAUCAGCACUAGUCAUUUACAACUUUCACAGGCAAGUUAGGUGAAGUGUUUUGCCCUAGGACACAACAACAGUAGUCAGAGGUGGGUCUUGAUAUAUAUUGCAUUAUAUAUUUUGACUAUGGACUGCAGUUCUUGCUGAAUAUAGUUUUUGUGUUUAUUUCAAACAUGUAAAAAUAAAUAAUAUAUUUGA